AUGGUGUCUCCUCCUUCGUCCGCUUCGUCCUCUUAUUCCUCUAAUUUAUCUUCAUCGCUUUCAAGUGUAUCUACAAUCGAUCGUCAAUAUGAAUUACACCAACGACACCAGCAAAUUUUGUUAAGACGUUAUGAUGAUUUCAAUGAUAUCAAAACCACCACCUACGGUGGAAAUGAUUUCGAUCAAGAGGAUGCUGUUUGUUGCUAUUCAUAUUCUACUAGUAUCCCCAUCGAAAUCCCAUCACAUUGUUCUACUGCUGAUGAUCAAGCUUUGGAAAUUAAUAAAGGAACUUUCGGAGAGAGCAGUUCACAUCUUUUCGCAUGA